AUGGUAGCAAACGGAGGCAAAUUUCGCGGAAGAUGGAGUUUCCACAUCGCCCAGUGUUGGCUGCGUUUUGCUUCCGAUGAUUUCCAAGACCCAGGCUCGACUCUCCUUUCACCCCAAGCAGAAGCAUGCCAGGCUUCGCGGUCCAGCCUCCGGGUCCCAGUGCAGUCCCGCAGUGCAGCCCCACGGCCCAGUCCUGCAGUGCAGUCCCGCAGUGCAGCCCCACAGUGCAGCCCCACAGUGCAGCCCCGCAGUGCAGCCCCACAGUGCAGCCCCACAGUGCAGCCCCACAGUGCAGCCCCGCAGUGCAGCCCCACAGUGCAGCCCCGCAGUGCAGCCCCACAGUGCAGUCCCACAGUGCAGCCCCACGGCCCAGUCCUGCAGUGCAGCCCCACAGUGCAGCCCCACAGUGCAGCCCCGCAGUGCAGCCCCACAGUGCAGCCCCGCAGUGCAGCCCCACAGUGCAGUCCCACAGUGCAGCCCCACGGCCCAGUCCUGCAGUGCAGCCCCGCGGUCCAGCCCCGUGGUCCAGCCCCACAGUGCAGCCCCACAGUGCAACCCCACGGCCCAGUCCCGCAGUGCAGCCCCGCGGUCCAGCCCCCAGUGCAGCCCCGCAGUGCAGCCCCCCAGUGCAGCCCCGCAGUGCAGCCCCGCAGUGCAGCCCCGCAGUGCAGCCCCCAGUGCAGCCCCGCAGUGCAGCCCCCAGUGCAGCCCCCAGUGCAGCCCCAUAGUGCAGCCCCGCAGUGCAGUCCCGCAGUGCAGCCCCGCAGUGCAGUCCCACAGUGCAGUCCCGCAGCGCAGUCCCACAGUGCAGUCCCGCAGCGCAGCCCCACAGUGCAGCCCCACAGCGCAGUCCCACAGUGCAGCCCCGCAGUGCAGCGCCGCAGUGCAGCCCCGCAGUGCAGCGCCGCAGUGCAGUCCCACAGUGCAGCCCUGCAGUGCAGCCCCCAGUGCAGCCCCACAGUGCAGUCCCGCAGUGCAGCGCCGCAGUGCAGCGCCGCAGUGCAGUCCCGCAGUGCAGCCCCGCAGUGCAGCCCCGCAGUGCAGCCCCACAGUGCAGCCCUGCAGUGCAACCCCACGGCCCAGUCCCACAGUGCAGUCCCACAGUGCAGUCCCACAGUGCAGCCCCACAGUGCAGUCCCACAGUGCAGCCCCACAGUGCAGUCCCACAGUGCAGCCCCGCAGCGCAGCCCCACAGUGCAACCCCACGGCCCAGUCCCACAGUGCAGCCCCACAGUGCAGUCCCACAGUGCAGCCCCGCAGCGCAGCCCCACAGUGCAGCCCCACAGUGCAGUCCCACAGUGCAGCCCCACAGUGCAGUCCCACAGUGCAGCCCCGCAGUGCAGCCCCGCAGUGCAGCGCCGCAGUGCAGCGCCGCAGUGCAGUCCCACAGUGCAGCCCCGCAGUGCAGCCCCCAGUGCAGCCCCACAGUGCAGCCCCGCAGUGCAGCCCCGCAGUGCAACCCCACAGUGCAGCCCCGCAGUGCAGCCCCGCAGUGCAGUCCCACAGUGCAGCCCCACAGUGCAGUCCCGCAGUGCAGCCCCACAGUGCAGUCCCGCAGUGCAGCCCCAUAGUGCAGCCCCGCAGUGCAACCCCACGGCCCAGUCCCGCAGUGCAGCCCCGCGGUCCAGUCCCACAGUGCAGCCCCACAGUGCAGCCCCCCAGUGCAGCCCCGCAGUGCAGUCCCGCAGUGCAGCCCCGCCGCUCCCUUCCUGUCCUCUUCCCGUGACCAGAGGCUGGGGUUCUCUCCAACAAGGAGCUGUUCCACGGUUUCCAGGAGUCUCGCCUCCGUCCCACGGAGUCCUACCUGCGCUCCCACGGCUGUUAUUUUUAAGGCAAAACGAGAGUGUCCGCAUUCUUAUUUCUUAUUGUAAAAAGUAG